UCCCCGAGCUUCCGUCCUGCACGGCUCUGCCGCGUCUGCCGAGUGCCAGCUUUGCAGGCCGGCCCACUCCGCACAAAAGCCCCAAAGGGCCUCCGCCCCCUUCUUCCGUUCCCGAGACGGCAAAUCCGAGCCCUGGCUGCCUUGGCAGGUCCUGUCUACGGGAGGCCCAACUUACUUUUGCUCCCCUUGGCUGCUCCUUCCGGCCCAGGAGGCCAGUUUCUGCUGCUGACCUAGAAAGAAAGCUCUUGACACACGUCCUCCUUGGUUGCUUCAGAGCGCCCGGCAAAAUAAGUUGUUGAGGGCGCUUCGCUUUGUGUAUGGCCUGAGGAUGUCGCGCCUGAGGGCCUCAUCUCCCCUUCUGGUUUCAGGUUUCUGGAACAGACCUAGAGCUUCACCAAGUGACCUCAGCUGGGAAGGCACGGCUGCUAGACUCUCAUCUCUUCAGACAAUAGCAGAAGUCAGAGAGCGCCUGAGGAUUGUUGGGACACCUGUUUUCCCUUUGGAGGACGCUAAAUUCUUUGAGAAGACAAAGGCAGUUCAAUAUGGCAACUGAACUGAAAGAACAGGAAGGAGCCAUUACUGUGAUUUGGUGACACUUCUUCAAACAACGGUGUCUUAAGGAAAGCUGGGAAAAGAACUUCUGAACUUUUGGGUUAAGUGAAAAAACUCAGCAUGGCUCAGGUAAAAAGCUCUAGCGUCCUCCUUCAAGAUCGUUCACUGGGAAGCCUGUUUGCAAUGUCACUCUUGAAUUCUGCCUUAGCCAACAAUAUUGACCAUCCCCAGUGAGCCGAGCUGGGUAUUAAGCGCCAGGGGGAGAUCUAGAGGAAGGAAAGGAGACAGGCCACAGCCCCUGCCUUCAGGGAGCUUCCAGUCAAAUGAAGGAGGAAUUUUAUUGAGCUCCUGUUACAUGCAAGGCAUUGUGCUUGGAAUACAAAGAUGAAUAAGGUUGUCCUUGUCCCCAGCUAGUCUUCUGGCUUGUGAAGGCCUAGCAGGUGUGAGCUUGGUUCCCACUGCAGCCAGCAAGAAGAUGAUGCUGAGCCAGAUUGCCAGCAAGCAGGCCGAGAAUGGCGAGCGGGCAGGUAGCCCCGAGGUGCUGAGGUGCUCCAGUCAGGGCCACCGAAAAGACAGUGAUAAACCCCGCAGCCGCAAAGAUGAUGACAGCUUGGCCGAGGCCUCUCAUUCAAAAAAGACUGUUAAAAAGGUGGUGGUGGUGGAACAGAAUGGCUCUUUUCAAGUAAAGAUUCCUAAGAACUUUAUUUGUGAACACUGCUUUGGAGCCUUUCGGAGCAGCUACCACCUCAAGAGGCACGUCCUCAUUCACACUGGCGAGAAGCCGUUUGAGUGCGACGUCUGUGAUAUGCGUUUCAUCCAGAAGUACCAUCUUGAACGCCACAAGCGUGUGCACAGUGGCGAAAAGCCUUACCAGUGUGAACGGUGUCACCAGUGUUUUUCUCGGACAGACCGAUUACUCAGACACAAACGGAUGUGCCAAGGGUGUCAGUCCAAGACCUCUGAUGGGCAGUUUUCUCUAUAGGCACACGGGGCCCCAGGAGGUGGGGUGAGGAGAAGAGUCCCCGAAGAGCACCCCCCUCUGCUCUAAUGGGUCCUGCCACUGCUCCCUCUGACCCUGUCCCCCUUGCUGGAGAAGUGGCCCCAGAGAGCAGAAGAGCGCAUCGAGGACAGUGCUCCAGAGCCUCAGCCCUGUAAAUAGUCUUGCGACUAUGCGGAUCUCGGGGGAGUUCCUACAGCAUUCCUGGGCAGGGCAGCUGGUCCCUGGACCCUUAGCCAAGGCCAUCGGUGGGGACUCAAGGUGCAGGACCAAGACUGAGAUGUUCCCACCACCUUGGACUGGAACUGGCAGCUGACGUGGAGAGGACCGGGGAGGGGGACUUAUUUGUUCUGCUCUUGUUUUUGUUUAUCCAAAAGCAGUUUCAGCAGGGAAACUGGGGAUACAGGUAUCUGGAGGCAAGUCCUUAAGCGAAGCAAGGAUUGUGGCUGGCCCCGCCAUUGUUUUUUUUUUGUUUGUUUUUGUUUUUUUGUUUUUUUUUUUACCUAGGCCCUUGUUCCGAAUCCCUGCACCUUCCCUUCUGUUUGAAAGCAAAUAGGACUGGGGCUGGCAGCUGAGCUUCCUUGGACUUGUUAUAUACACUGUGAGGACAGAAGAGAGACUGGGAGGGACAGGCGUGCGCUCGACAAGAAGAGCGGGCAUGCCUUUCACCUCCUCGAGAAGAGCGGUGUUGUCCGUGGCUGUUCCAUGUUUGGGCAGCGCUGGUGCCUGGUGGGGUCCGCUUGAGUGCCUUUGGAGGGGACUUAGGCGGCAUAGCCCAUGCAGCCCUUUCCUCUGGGCCGUUGGUCUUGGUUAUGGGUUGUGGCUACCUCACUGUCCUUUAAUCCAGAAACCAGGCAGCAGUUGAGCAGGGAGUUGUGGGUAUCAGGGCCGACUGUCCCUAGCCAGGGAUAGUCCAGAGUUUCUAGCAGCUGUGAGAGGAGCAGCAAACGUGACUUCUGUGAGAGAGGCCCACUCCCUGCUGCAGCCUGUGAUUGCUCAAGUAGAAGAGGUGGCAGGCGUCCACCCAGCCAUGUGGAGGAGGAGGGCUGCCAAGGAAGGCCUGCGGAAGACACCGUGUCUGCUUGGUCUUGACCUUCCUCUGCUCCAGUCCCCCAUCUUGUCUACCCCUGAAAAAGUGAUCAGAUUUGUGUCUGUGUCUUGAUUUGUGGGUGCUUGUGUUUGUUUGCUUAAAAGGGGUGACAAUUACCCAAAUUUAUUUGGCUAUCAACUUAGAGGACAGAAAGUGUAGAGCAGCCUUCCCCUCCGACCAGAAGGGUUUAUGCUUCUCCAAGGUUGCUGAGAACAAGGGAACGGGAUUUGUUCCAGAAGGGUUUGGGAGGCUUUUGUUGUUUUUAGGUUGAUUCAGCAGUGUGCUGGUUAGAGUGUUUCUAAGCCAGGGCCUAAGGAUGUGUGUCCCCUAGAGAAAGGAUCCUUAAGGGAGGUUUUGGGGUUUGGUUGAACACUACCCAACCCUGGGGCCUACUUGAUGUCUCAUCAAUCAUGGAGCUCCCUGAGCUGGCGGCUGCAGCUGGGGUGCCACCCAACCCAGGGGGUCUCCUUCAGGAAUAAUGGAGGCCGGCCAGAGCGCACAGCUGCAGCUUGGGUAGGCAUCUGAGGCCCAGCCUCCAGGAACUUGUUGCCUAGCAGAUGAGGACUGUGCCCCUUCCAGUGUGUUGGGUGAUGGUAUGCCACAACUCCAGGGCAGACGUACUUCAGGGAAAAGGAAGGGAAGAUUUCCCAGCCCUCGGCUUCCUCUGAGCCAUGGUGAGGGAUGGAGGAAUGCCCACUGCCGUGUCUUCUAGCUUCAUGCUGCCCUUAGUUGGCAUGCUUUAGGAUUGCACCUCAGUCCUUUGCCCCACUCUGUGGCCCCUGGGCCACUGCACAUGUGACACGUUCUGCUGGGCUGUGGUUUUGCCAUUCAACUCUAGGAAAGGGUAGGUGGAGAGAGGUAGCCUCCCAGAAUGCUUUGGAACAGUUGAAGAGGGACCUGUGCCUCAACAUGAGUGUACUGGGUCAGAGCAGGCCUGACCUUGGCUUCCUGCCUGGGUAGAAGCUGGGAGGUGGGGAACUCCUGGGUGUGUACACAUGGCCCAACCGGAACCACACUGCCAAGGCCUGGGUGUGAGAAGGCCAGAAGUUGGCAGGGGUUGAGGACAGACAGGCUCUGGAGUGAAGCAAAAUAGAACACACAAUGCCCAGGAGCCCAGGGAUACAGCUGCAAAGGCUCCUGGGCCUGACGUCUCACCCUGCUGGGGUGGGGUCUAGCACUGGACAGAUGUCUCAGGUGUGCGAAGAAAGGGGAACUGAAGGGAGGGCAGGUGCUCAGGCAUCAGAAUGUGAAUGUGGGCUUGGGUGGGGGGGCUCCUGCACCAGGCCUGCCAGUCUGCUUUGCUGCUGCCUGUCUUUUCCAGCCAACAGGCACUUGCCAUCGCCUAAGCUACUGAUUGUGCCCCUUGGCUUGACAUUGGGUCAAGAUGAGUGGGGUUCCCGAAGUCCAGCCCUCUCCCCAGGCCCCUUCUGCCCCUGCCGUGGCCCUGGGCUUUUACCUUCAAUUCCCCUCCUACCAUGCUCCACUUUUCUUUUUUUUUUUUAAUAUACUUAUUUUGCUAUGGGGGAGGGGACUAUCAAAUGAACAAGAUCACUUUUAAUGUAGUUUUUAUAAGAUGUUAUAAACUUGUAUCUUUUUACCAUUAAAGUGCAGUGUAUGUUCCUUCGUGAUAUAUUUAGGAUAUUUAAAUAAAAAGGAUGGCGCUUUUCUACAUUC